AUGGCACCCCUCGGACCCUACAAGCUCGUCACCGUCAACAACGCGCCCGAGCGCGCUAAGCGAUUGAUCGGCCGCGUCGUCGAGGACGUGAAGGACCGCUACACCAUCAUCCACGCCGGCAACGCCGACGACCUCUCCAAGGUUGAGGAAGUGGUGACAGAUGUAAAGCCGGACUUGCUGUUUACCGCCUCAAUGUGGACGCCGGAACAGAGCCAAACGGCCCAGGAGACAGCGAGGAAGAUCGUGCCGAACGUCAAGACCUUCGCGUUGCCCCAGGGUUUGCAGGUUGAAAGGGGCCCCGAUGCGGUGGUUGAGUACAUCAAGGAGAACCUGCCUGCGCUGUUGGAGGGAGAAGCGUGA